AUGGCUGGUGCAACACCCUGGUGGCGGUUGAUCCGCUUUAUCGCGCGCGAAGACGCACAAACCUACUUCGGCCAACCUGUGGAUGACACGCUGGACGUCGGUGUAGCCUAUGCCAAUUCGGCGGGUCCGAUUCGCGUCAAUGUGCUCUACGCCAACCCGCUGGAUCCUACUCAGCGAAGCACGCCGCUUUCGGGUGUCGUCAAGACGGUCUCUACUCUACUACCUCCCCUUCUGCCAUCGGAAGUCCCCUCGAUUCGAGCACUUGGUGCCAACUUUGUUCAGACGGGUCAGGAUGCCGCGACCGCACUGGCCAAUCGACCUGUGCUGCCGAUUCUGUUCUACAAGCCUACCACGACCAUCACUGGUCCUGGCUGCGACAUUGUGAUCCCCGAAUGUGCCGAGGAUGAAAGCGACUAUGAAGUCGAGCUCGUCGUCGUGCUCGGCGAAACGCUCAAGGACGCCACACCGCAGCAGGCAAUGAAGGCCGUGUUGGGGUAUACGCUAUCCAACGACGUUUCGGCACGCACUCGAAUGUUUGCAGUGCCCCAAUGGGGACUUGGCAAGUCCUUCGAUACUUGGCUCCCCCUUGGUCCAUGCUUAGUGUCAGCCACAAACCCCCGCGGCAUUAGCAAUCCCGACAACGUCCACCUCACCACCAAGCUCAACAAUCGCGUCAUGCAGGACGGUAAUACCGCCGAUAUGUUGUGGAAAACAGCCGAAACCCUAGCCCAUCUCAGCAAAGGCACAACGCUCAAACCAGGCGAUAUCGUCAGCAUGGGCACUCCCCCAGGUGAAGGCUUCAAACGUAACCCCAAAGUCGCCCUCGCCCAUGGAGAUACCUGCCACCUCUGGGGUAACGGCGGACUGGGUAGCCUCGUCAACACCGUCAAGUUCAGCCGACUCAGUGUUCCCAAACCCAGACUCUAA